AUGAAUAACAAUGGAUUGAUUCAUUAUGUUGGUCGGAGAGAUUUUCAAGUGAAAUUACGUGGACAACGUAUUGAAUUACAAGAAAUUAUACAAUGUUUACUUAUGUUAACAUCCAUUACUGCAUGUGUUGUUAUCAAAUGGGAUGAAAAUCAUCUUUUUGCUUAUGUUCAAAGUGAUAACAUUAAUGUUGAACAAUUACGUCAUCAUUGUCAAUGUAAUCUACCAUCACAUAUGAUUCCAUCAAUAUUUAUUAUACUUGAAAAAUUACCUUUGAGUCCAAAUGGAAAAGUAGACCGAAAAUGUCUUCCACCACCAGAUUUAUCAUUAUUAACUCUCUCAUCAACAUCAUCAACAAUAGCAUUAGAAAACAGAUCUAAUCUUCCACAAAAUCAAUUACAAAAACAGAUUCAUGAUAUUUGGUGUGAAAUUCUUCGAUAUAUUGGACAACAAAUUUCAAUAACUGCAAAUUUCUUUAGUAUUGGUGGUCAUUCACUUUUAUUUAUUGAACUUUAUCAUCGAUAUAAACAAUUAUAUGAUUUUGAUAAUCGUGUACUUUCUAUUGCCUUAUUUCUUCAACAACCAACUAUUCUUCAACAUUCACAAUUACUUCAAUCUAUUACAAUCAAUCAAAUGAAAUCAGAACAUUGGCAUACACUACAUAUCAAUCAAGGUAAUAAAAAAUUGUAA